AUGUAUCGUAUGGUUGUAUAGUUGACGGGCGACUUCGUAACGUAAAGUAAAAAAUAUCGUAACGUAUUUCGUAGUUAAAAGUGUAACAAAAUGGCUAAGAGAAAAAAUAAACCUUUGAUAGAUUCAGAUUCCAGUAGCGAAUGUUCAGAUUUGGAUUCGCAAUUCCUCAAUUUGGCAAAGAAAAAAAAGAAACCAGGAGAGUCCCCACCGCAACCGAAAUCAAAAAGCAAAUCUUCAGAUAGUGAAUCUGAUUGGGACGAUGAUGACAAGAAAAAUGACAAAUCAUCUUCAUCGUCCGGCUCUGAAUCAAACAGCGAUGCAAGAAGCGAUACGUCGAAGAAGAAAGAACCAGCUAAAACGAGUAGGAAAAGUUCAUCGGACCAUUCAGAGGAAAGAAAGAAACCGGAACCAAAAAGAAGUGAAGUCAGGAAAAGCACAGACAGUGCCGGGUCGGGGAAGAAGAAGGAUGUGUACAGUGAACCAGAGGAAGGCGAAGUAUCUUCACACUCAUCAGACAAUGAUUCAAUAGAUUCAGAGGAAGAAUUUGAUGAUGGUUACGAUGAAAAUCUAAUGGGAGAUGAAGAAGACAGAGCUCGGCUGGCGGCCAUGUCGGAGAAGGAGCGUGAACAGGAGAUAUUUAAACGCAUAGAGAGGCGGGACUUGAUGAAGACACGGUGGGAAAUAGAACGCAAGCUGCGCCUGGCGCGGCGCUCCGCGGCCGAGCGCGGCGCGUCGCCCGCCGAGCUGGCGCGGCGCCGCGACGCGCGCAAGCGCCGCCGCGAGCAGCGCGCCAAGCUGCAGGCGCGCCGCCAGCGGGACCACGAGCGCCGCGAAUCCGAAAAGGAGGAGCCAAAGGAGCCCGAAAAGGAAAAAGAGAACCCGCCCGAGAGUCCUGGGGAAAUUCGAGACGAUCCCAAGGACGAAGAGCGCUCGGCGUCGCCGCUGUUCGGCGCGAAGACGGAGCGCAAGCGCAACGUGGACGACCGGCGCGUCAACGCGAUGGCGGCGCUGCGCGCGCAGCGGGACGCGCGCGCCACGCGCGUCGAGACGGAGCAGCGCAAGCGCGCCGAGCUGCAGCGCAAGGAGGACGACGACGACGCAGACGCAGAAAUAAUAGGCGGAACAAGUAAACAGAGCGUCAAGUUAAAAGCAUCGGACAUAUACUCGGACGAUUCUGGUUCAGAUUCAGAAGAUAAUAAGUCACAAGGCCGGAGAAGUUCUUCGAGCUCGUCCUCAUCAGACGCGGAGGUGGAAGAGAAGAAGCGUGAAAGAGAGGAAGUCGAAGUCAAAUACGCAGAUACUAGGGAUCAGAUUAAUAAACUUAGAUUAAGCAGGUUUAAAUUAGAAAGAUUAGUACAUUUACCGUUCUUCUCGCGAGUCGUUCAGGGCUGUUUCGUUCGUAUAGGCAUCGGGAAUAACAACGGCAACCCCGUCUACAGGGUCGCUGAAAUAAUAGACGUAUACGAAACGGCGAAAGUAUAUAAUUUAGGUAACACAAGAACGAAUAAGGGCUUUAAGUUACGCCACGGAACCCAGGACAGAGUGUUUAGAUUGGAGUUCGUUAGCAAUCAGGAAUUUACAGAUAACGAAUUUCAGAAGUGGCAUAGAGCUAUCAAAGAAGCCAAUAAGAAACCUCCGACUAUGGACUUCGUUAGGAAUAAAAUUAGUGAAGUAAAAGAUGCGCUCAUGUACGAGUUUAAGGAAGAAGAUAUAGAAAAAAUUGUAGCCGAAAAAGAAAGGUUUAGAUCUCAUCCGACGAACUACGCGAUGAAGAAAACACAACUCAUGAAGGAGAGAGACGUCGCUCAGUUGCGAGGAGACGAGGAGCUGGUGACGGACCUGAACGCCAAGCUGCAGGAGCUGGAGGAGCGAGCCAGCGCGCUGGACAAGACGCGCACGUCGUCCAUCCAGAGCAUCUCGUACAUCAACAACCGGAACCGGAAGCUCAACGUGGAGACGGCCGAGCGAGCCAUCAUGGAGGAGGUGAAGGCCAACAAGGGCAAGAAGACGGACGACCCCUUCACCCGCCGGCACACCAAGCCCGUCAUGAACUUCAAGUCGCAGGGCUCCCGGUCGCAGGAACUGUUGAAGAACGAGCAAGCAGCUGCCGAAGAACAAAUGAUGAGAGAGGAAGACGAGAAAUUGAAUAAAGAGAAGGACGAGAGAGAGAGAUUAGCGCAAACGGAAGAUGAUGUUGUCAAGAAGGAUAAAAAUGCCCCCACAGACAACAGCAGCCUCUACUCGCUGCACGAUUUCGACAUUAACAUAGAAAUAGACCUGCCGAUACCAAAAGCGGUAUCGUCCCAGUCCAAGCAGAUAACGAUCAAAGUGAAAGAAUCUGGUCCGAAGAGAUCACUGAACUUAGAAGAAUACAAGAAACGACACGGUCUCAUAUGAGUGUUGUGUGGACGUUGUACGAGUGAUGGUGUACGAGGCUGGCUGUUACACUGUAUAGAUAAUAAUAAUGUUUCAUUAAUAAUCAUUGAUUUGUAACGGUCAUAUUAUUAAUUCUUUCAUGUAAAGUGAUUUGUCCGAAUAAUACUUUACUUAGCAAUUUUAUAUGUCUAAUUGCAGGAAGUUUAACUUGCCAACCGCCUGGUAUAUUGCUAGAUAUAAUAUUAGAAAUUAUCU